AUGAAAGAGGGUGGUAGGAAACAGGGUGCACCCUCACCCUGUGCUGCAUGCAAGCUCCUUCGGAGAAGGUGUGCUCAGGAUUGUGUUUUUGCUCCUUAUUUCCCAGCGGAUGAGCCUCAGAAGUUUGCUAAUGUGCACAAGGUUUUUGGUGCUAGCAAUGUCAACAAGAUGCUUCAGGACUUACCAGAGCAUCAGCGAGGGGAUGCAGUGAGUAGCAUGGUGUAUGAAGCGAAUGCAAGAGUGAGAGACCCUGUGUAUGGCUGUGUAGGGGCCAUCUCUUCUCUUCAGAAACAAAUUGAUAUGCUUCAGACCCAAUUGGCCGUGACCCAAGCUGAAGCAGUGCACCUAAGGGUACGCCAGAGUGCAUCACUAUGGAACCCAGCCCAUAGCCCCACUAGCCCAACCAAUACUGGCUCUCCAUCACAAUCCAAGCCUAUGUUUGACAUGGACAUGGUGGUGGACCACGCCAAUUAUGGUGAUUCAAUGUGGUAAUGCUAAUAAUAAUUAUUACUAUUAUCAUCAUUAUUAUUAUUAUACUAGUACCUAUUUAGAUCAUGAAAAAAUUACAAAACAAAACAAGGAAGACAUUAUUUUCUAAAGUAAUGUCUUAUAUAUAUAUAUAUAUACUUUCAUUUUAGUAGGGUAGAACUAAACUUCUAGAAGAAGUGGUGGCGGGGCGAUGGUGAAAAGGGCUGUGGCGGAGGUACUUCGCCCGCUUAGUUAAUUUGGUUUGGAAAAUAGAUUUCUCAUUGGCGACAUAUGGUGUAAAUAUAUAAUAUAAUAUAUAUAUAUAUCACUUGACAUUAUAUGAAGGGUAAGCUUAAUUGUAUGGUUGGAUUGUUGUGGCGAAAGAUUGCAUGGAGUUUUCUAUUGUUGUUCUAGUGAUAUGCUGUCACUUCACUUUUUGCAGUUUACA